AUGAGAAUAUUGAAUACAUUAUUCAUAGGUUUCCUUAAGAAACUCAAUAGCAAUGAAAAUAAGGACUCAAUUGUGAACAGAAAUCGUGUGAAGAAUCGUCACAAUGUUAGCAUCGAUUUGGAUGAUUAUUCAGAUGAUAUUCACAAUGAUUACAAAAAUGCUAUCAAACGACUGCCCACUAAUAUCAGUUUGAAAGAUAUUAAAGAAUGGAUGGAUAAGGACACGGCGUGUUGUAUGUUAGGGCAUAUCGCUGGGGAUAAGGGCUAUCACUGCGAGGCUAUGUUCUAUGCGUUUGAUAUAUUGCAACGAAACUCCAAUCGGGCCCACAAUCGCAAGCUAGCAUUUUAUGGAAGAAAUAAAAUGCCUCAUUUUGGCGAAAAACUGAUGCUUAGGUUUGAGAAGUGUUUGACUAAAAAGGGAUACAUUUUUAACAAAUGUUGUCAUUUGGCGGUCAAUGUGAUGCAGAAUCUUCAGAGCCCUCAAUACAAUACAUUACAACUAUAUUUAUAUAAUAUGCGUCAACUCAACAACACUCACCACAACCACAACUCUAACUAAUAUGAAUCGGUU